GGGGGCGGGGGCGCUGCGGGGCUGUGCUCGCCCGGCGGCCGCUCCCCCCCCGGCAGGGCUGUGGCCUGGGGGGCCGGGGCGGGCCUGGCUUCUUGUGCCUGGCCCGGGCGGCGAGGGGUGAAGCGCCGGGCCUCGGCCAGCCUCGGCCGCCAGCUGAGACUCCCGGUUUCCCGGAGCCGUUCACCGGGUCACUUAGCCUGGCAGCUGCCCGUCCGCUGGGUUGGUCCCGUGGGGCCCGGCCUGAGGACUCUUGCCGUCUUUUUCAGCGCCCCCGCCCCUUUUCUUAAUGAGUAACGCGGGGAGACUUCUGAUCAUCUCAAAAUGAAGUGAUGAUCUCAAACCGUGUGGGUUGCUUUCUACUUCUAGAUCGCUUUUUGUGGACUGGUGGUGGUGAAGAAACUGAAUGAAUGGAACAGGCACGGGAAAUAGGAAGUUUGCGUUUCGUGCUUCAUGCUUACACCGGGACACAAGCAACACUGUGUGUCUGAAGUGACCGGGGACCAUUGGACCUGUGUAUCCUGUGGGACUCUGAGGACCUCCCAAGGCCUUCUGCCUAUUCUGCUUUCCCAAAGAGCAGUCAGAUCACAAGCAUGUUUUCUGAGGACAUGCUGGCAAAUGCAGCCUUGGUCUUGAGAUGCCAGGUGAAAGGACUUCCUUGAAUGUGGUGGCCCGCUGAUGACUGAAGAGAGUGAUGGCUGCCACAAGAUAAAAAUAUGCCUGUUUCGGUAUUCCCUUCUGCCAUGGAACACAGCAGGCGUGCAAUGAUGGAUAACCGUUUUGCCACAGCGCUCGUCAUUGCCUGCGUUCUCAGCCUCAUCUCCACCAUCUAUAUGGCAGCUUCCAUUGGCACUGACUUUUGGUACGAAUACCACACCCUGUCCCCAGCUGAGAACAUCAGUGAAGCUGGUAGGAGCAUCUGGGAGGAAUUUAUCAGCGAAGAUGCAGAUGAGAAGACCUACACAGAUACGCUUUUCCGGUGCAACGGCACGGUUGGACUGUGGCGGAGGUGUAUCACUGUGCCCAAAAACUCUCACUGGUACAGCCCACCAGAAGCUGACAUGACUACAAACUGCAUCAGUUUUUCCCUCUCUGAUCAGUUUAUGGAAAAGUACGUAGAGCCUGGAAAUCACAACAGUGGCACGGAUUUGAAUCGAACUUAUCUCUGGCGGUUGCAAUUUCUCCUGCCCUUUGUCAGCCUUGGCCUCAUGUGCUUUGGGGCUCUGAUUGGGCUCUGUGCUUGUGCCUGUCGCAGCCUUUACCCUGCCAUUGCCACCGGAGUCCUCCACUUCCUAGCAGGGCUCUGCACACUGGGCCUGGUUGGCUGCUAUGUAGCUGGGAUUAAGCUGCUCCAUAAGAAGCUGCCCCUGCCUGAUGAUGUGAGGGGUGAAUUUGGCUGGUCCUUCUGCCUGGCCUGUGUCUCGGCACCUUUGCAGUUCAUGGCAGCUGCUCUUUUCAUCUGGGCGGCUCGCACCAACAGAAAGGAAUUCACUCUCUUGAAAGCCUACCGUGUGGCAUAAGUGCUGCUAAUCCAGUAUUAGGUUUCCAGGUUUUAGCCCCUUCUCCCCCAGCCCUUACUACUUUUGUUUCUUAUAGUCAGAAUUUUACCUUGUACUGUGUGCUUCUCACCAGUUGAGACAAUUUAGCCCACAGGCCCUGAAGACAAAGACCUUGGGGCUAAAUGACCAGACUCUGCCCAAAGUCUGCAGAACUUGAACGUGUUUUUAAAUUGUGGGGGUUUUUUUGUUUUGUUUUUUUGGUGGUUGUUUUUUUUAAGAAUUAUUAUUUUUAAGCCUCAUUUAGGUGGUGAAUAUUCCCUUGGUUAGGUGUAUGUGCCCCUUCUUAAUUUUAUGACCCCGUCAGCCUGGAGGAAGUAGGAGUGGUGUCGUGGGGCAGAAGAGAGGUAGGAAAAGAGAGGAUGCAGAUAGGAAAAGAAAAGAUGCAGAUAGGCAAGAAUGGGGAUCACAGUGCACAAAUAAUAAAAAAUCAGGAGCUGUCUGCUGUGUGACCCGAGCAGACAGUACCUAUGGAGACCACCCAAGAGACAUGGGGGAACUCAGAAACCUCUGUUAUGGAAAUACUGUAGCUAAAUCAGUCCUGUAGCUUCACUUUGGGUCUCUUAUUCUCACUACUUCGCUACUUUUUGUGGCUUCUGCCAAAACUGAUGCAGGCAGAACAGCGGGCUGUGGGAGUGCCUGCCCAGCACACCAUCCUGAAUGCAGACUCUGUGCUUGGCCUUUGCUGAGGAGUGGGUAAGUUGGCCCAUGUGGAGCUUUGUGCUGCUCUAGCUACACUGCUUCCAGGACCCAGGCUAGUUUGUAUCUGCACUACAUAUGAUCGUGCACUCAAAUUUUAACUUGUGAUGUUUCUGCUUACUGUGAAAUAAGGCUUCCCUCUACCUGUGUUGAAGAUGACCCCUCACAAGUUUUUUGUUUUUAAUUUAGUUUAGUGUAUGUGUGUAUAUGUGUAUAUAUAUAAACUUAACUUUUUUUAAAACUCACCUAUUUAUCCUAUAUAGCACACAACAGGGUUUUUUAAAAAGGUGGUGCUCUUUUCCCAUCUUGUCCCAAGCCUAUUAAUUAAAUGAAAUAAUAAUGUUUAAAAAUUAGACAUUUUCAGCAUUGCAUGCAUCUGAUGGGAGGGUUAGGAAAUGGUCUGAAGUGAAUUUUACUUGGGGAGAGAAAAGCAAAUGUCUGGAUUGUUCUCUGCUUUCAGGGAAAUGUCACUAGAAACAAAGAUGUUUGGUUAGAUUAUUUUUUAUUACUAUUAAUUUCUUGGGCUCCUGCUAACUUUACAUUUUUUCCUGCUCAUCAUCAGAGGGUGUAACACCCCAUAAUUUCUAAUUAGUUCUCAACUUCUGUAUGUGUUUCCUAUAAAUAACUGCAACUUUAGCCAGACUGCGUGGCAUGUCUUGUCUUGGAACAUUGUUUUUUUCGAUUAAAUUGUUUAAUUCUGAGGCCUUAACUCCCCUCAUUUCCUUACUCCAUGCUUAAUAUAAAAAGUAUGUUUUAGAAGAAAUAAAUCCUGGCAAAAUGA